GCGGGGCGAUGUGCACAGGGCGGAGCUGGCCCGGUGACGUCACGGCACCGUGAGGCCGUGCCCGCCCCGGCGGGCGGUGAGGCCUGAGGGCAGCGCGGGGUGUGAGGGACUCGGGGGCCCCGGGGGACCCGCAGCAUGCCGGGGCUCGUGCUGUUCGGCCGGCGCUGGGCCAUCGGCAGCGACGACUUCGUACUGCCGGGAGCCUUCGAGCUGUUCGUCAGGCUGGUGUGGUGGAUUGGGAUUUUUGUCCUUUACACGGUUCACAAGGGGCAGUUUAAUUGUCCCGGGGGAGGAUUGCUGCACAGCUACCUGCUCGGCCUCAUCAUUCUUCUGGCUUCCAUAAUAUGUGCAUUGUCUGCUCUUGUAUACGUCAGUAUGCAAGGAACAAUUUCUAAUCCAGGCCCAAGAAAAUCACUUCCCAAAAUACUUUAUACUCGCCUGCUUCUCUAUUUCCCUGAAUUCAUCUGGGCUGUUGUAGGAGCUGUGUGGGUGUCAGACAACAGCGUGCAGUGUGAGAAGACUGUGAUCAAUGGUGUCAUUGGGACAGUUAUUGCAAGCUGGAUUAUCAUCGUCUUUACCGUCAUUGGAGUUGUCAUUGUCUUUGACCCCCUCGGGGGGAAGAAGACUUUCUACCUGGACGGUGUGAGCCGCAACCUGGAGAGCAGCCAGUCGGGGCAGCUGCUGUACAACGUGAAGAGCUCUGCCACCAGGGUGUGGGAGAAGAGGAUCAGGCUGCUGUGCUGCUGCAUCGUGCAGGAUGAUGACCACAGGGUGGCCUUCACCAGCAUCGCCGAGCUCUUCCGCAGCUACUUCUCAGACACUGAUCUGGUGCCAAGUGACAUAGCAGCUGGUUUGAUUCUGCUCCAUCAAGAGCAAGAUAAAAUGGAAAAUUGUCCCAAAGAGCCUGAAGAAGUCCUGUGUCAUUCUCCAUCUUCUCUCGUGACGGAUGAUUUGGAUGUUGAGCUGGAGAAUGCUGCUCACUACAUGCUGUUUGCUGCAGCUGCCUAUGGCUGGCCCUACUACGUGUACACCAACCCAUAUACUGCACUCUGUAAGCUCAAUGGUGACUGUUGCAGAAACAGACCAACAGAUUCUGAUAUAACGGGCAGUGAUCGUCAUAACUUUCACUUUGGAUCCAUCCUAAAAAUAACAGGACUGCAGUACAGAGAUUUCAUCCAUAUCAGUUUUCAUAACAAGAUCUAUGAGAUUCCAUUUUUUGUUGCUUUGGAUCACAAAAAAGAAGCUAUUGUGGUCGCAGUGAGAGGAACCUUGUCUUUUGAGGACAUUCUCACUGAUCUGUCAGCAGACUGCGAAGACCUGACCCUGGAGGAGGUUCUGGAAAAUGGGUUUGUGCAUAAGGGAAUCACUCAGGCUGCAAAUUACAUCUAUCGAAAACUGAUAAACGAUGGAAUUUUAAACCAGGCUUUCACAAUUGCUCCUGAAUACAGACUUGUGAUCGUUGGUCACAGUUUGGGUGGUGGGACAGCCUCUAUCUUGGCCAUCAUGCUCAGGAACUCCUUCCCCACACUGAGGUGUUAUGCCUUCUCUCCCCCAGGAGGGCUCUUAAGCAAAUCACUUGCAGAUUACACUAAGCAUUUCAUUGUUUCAGUCAUUGUUGGAAAAGACCUUGUUGCAAGGUUAAGUAUGCCCAACAUGGAGGAUUUAAAGAGAAGAAUAGUGAGAAUUGUGGCAAACUGCAACAGACCCAAGUACCAGAUUUUGCUGAGGGGGUGUUGGUACGAGGUGUUUGGAGGAGAUCCUGAUGACUUCCCAACAGAGCUGGAUGGGAGGAGCCAGGAUGCCCUGACCCAGCCCCUCCUGGCCGAGGAGAGUCUGAUGGUUCAUCGGUCGCCUUCCUACAACGCCCUGGAGGAGGAGCCACACUUGAAUUCACCCCCUCAGUAUCCUCAUCUGUACCUGCCUGGAAAGAUUAUCCACAUUAUUGAAGAAUGCAGCUCUAGGAGGUUGUGUUCUUCAGAUAUUAAAUAUACGGCAAGGUGGUCAAACGAAACCGUCUUCAGCAGCAUUUUAAUAAGUCCCAAGAUGAUCACAGACCACAUGCCAGAUGUUGUGCUCAAAGCUCUGAACAGUUUGUCUCAGGAACAUGGAUCGUGUCUGUCGUGUCAAACGCGAGGAUACAACCCCAGUGCAGUAUAACCACAGCUCCAGGACGGCCUGGGAGGUUUUUUGCAGGUUUCAGGUAUUCAGGACACAUUCCACUUUCAUGCAUAAGUGGAUUUCAGUAUUUUUCUCACAUUGCAUAAAAUGAACAAGGGUCUUAGUGCCCGUGCCUCUGCAGUGACCUCGGGGACUGUUGUGCUGGUGAGAGCACAGACUGUGUCUCUGUGCUGAAGGCUGGGCUUUUCCAGAACGGGUCAGGACGAGAAGCUCCAGCCGAGCCCGUGUGCGCUGGCGCAGCAGCCGAACCCUUGACCAAAGUGAAUGUGUGGGGCCGCACGUGGGGCCGCGGCAGAGCCGAGGGAGGGCGGCGCUGCAGCUCCGGGCUGCGGCCGAGGGAGCCCGGCCGGGCGGGGCUGGAUCCCGAUCCGCCUCGGUCGUUGCACUGUUUCCUUACAGAUUGUGCUGGGAUCCCGGGGUGUGGGGGAGGGCUUGUUGUGGUUAAAUGCUGCUUGGAUAUACAUGUGCAAUAUUCUUUAAUCUACCUGUCUUUUGUAUGUGUUGAUCUACAUCACUGCUUUUAUUGAUUUGAAACUAAAACAACUUAAUGAGAAGGAAAAACAUACCAUACAGACCAUGGCAUCAUGUUGGUCACCAGCUCUAGCUCCAGCUAGUGAGCACCACUCUGAUUCUGCCAAGAAUGUGUAACCAGUUGUAACAAUUUUUAAAAAGUGGAUUCCUUGUUUCUAGUGUAUAACUAUUUUAAUUCUUUUUUUCCUUUUUAAGGCUCAGCAGCAUUUAUUUAAAAGAAAUUGAUGUAAGUAAAAUAUGAUGUGGUUGAGAAUUAACUGUGUGGAUGUUCCUGCUGUGAUACUCGAUAUGGAGACAAAAUUAAAUACAGAAUAAAAACGUGGCUCCUGUGCAAUGA